GCAAACACUUCAUUCCAUCGAUUCUAGUGGGACACAUUCAAUUUCUUAGGUUUCGUUAAAAACAAAAAAAUACAGUUGAAGCAUUCCGGUAUGCUUUUAGUGAAAUCGUAACAGGAUCAGGAUUGCCCGAUAAUUGGCAAAUAGUAAGAAGGAAGGAUUACCUCCCUUAUGUCAAAGUAACAGGGAAAACCAAAAGAAAACAGCACUCGUGAUUAGAUAUGCUGCAAAAACGCCAGCGAAAAGAGAGGGUAGAAACGCGUUAAAAUCAGUUCAUGUGUUUUAUUGUUCUGCAUUAAAAUGCCUUGUAUACUGACACUCGGAAUGAGAUUGCGUUUCUCUUCGUGGAAUGUUCCAGACCGAAUCGAUAAUCAGAGUCGUGUAGGUACCACGCCGGUUGACGGCAAAUGAUCACGCUCACGGAGCUGCAAUCGAAGCGACCCCUUUUCUUUUUCUUUACAGAGUCGUCUGCAUUUGGUUCACGGCAUCGGUGCUCUCCUAACUUUUAACAACGAAUUCCCAAUGAAUCCGACAGGAAAAGGAGUCGGGCAGAACGCUGAACAAGGUGUGGAUUACUGUCGGAUAUGGAUUUUUAAAAAAAUUGCCUAGUUUUUGAUAACUGGACGAUAAGAAACGACAGCAAAAGUAUGUGUAAAGGUGAAACCAGUAGCGGAUCAAGCCCACGGACAUUGUCCAUAGACACCUUGACUCUUGCGUCUUGACGCAAUAAUGUAAAAGCCCACUGAAAAAUGUAAGACGUGAAAGUCAAAAGAAAAAUUCUUUUAUUGCGAGAUAUGCCGAGCUAUUGAUUCCGAUGUGCAAGGACGAGACAGACCAGUUUUUGGCCAGCAGCGAAGACACCAUCAACGAAAAAAGCUCCAUACUAUCCAGUUUGAACGCAGUGAAUUGCCUAGAGCAUCUGGGGGCAUGGCUAGUCAAGAUCAAAUCAAUUCAGGCAACAAGGAUAUCGGAGAAUUGGUGGCACACGAGAAAGAAGAAGAUUCUAGCGAAGAGUAUGUGAUUAUUCCUCCGGAUGGAGGAUACGGCUGGAUCAUCACGGCUGCCAGCUUCCUGUGCGUCCUCAUUUCAGACGGAAUACUUUUCAGUUUCGGAUUGAUCCUCUCUGAAUUGGAACGCGUUUACGACGAACCUGUUGCCAAAGUCGCUUGGAUCUUUUCUAUCGUUAACGGCAUUUCUCUCAUAUCAGGUCCCAUAGCUUCUGCAUUGAGUAACCGGUUUAGCUUCCGGACCGUCGUUUUAACCGGUAGCAUGUUCGGUUUCAUUGGGUUAUCGACCUCUGCUUUAGCACACUCUGUCGAUAGUUUAUUUUUCACUCUCGGUGUCCUGUUUGGCGUUUCCAUCGGCUUGAUUUUCACACCCAUCGUCGUAGGCGUGGGCUUUUAUUUCGACAAAAGACGGGCACUGGCCACCGGAAUUACCGUCUGCGGUUCUGGAGCUGGCACUUUUGUUUUUGCCCCCAUCAUUUAUUUGUUAUUAGAAACGUACGCAGUCAGAGGGACAUUUCUUAUCCUGAGUGGCAUUUACUUGAACUGUGCAGUUCUCGGAUCGUUGCUCGUUCCGCUGAAACCUCAACGGCGAAAGAAACUGCAGGAAGCCGUAAAACUUCUCGAGAUUGAUGCUGUGCCAAUUACAAUAGAAAAAUCGCCUAUUUUUAAUGAGAGGAAGUUUGAUCCGAAGACUCUGGAACAAGGGCUAUCAAACAGCGUAAAAUCCGUCAAAGAGACUCAGACUGUUAGCGUAGCAAAAGAACAGAAGUUAUCAAGUUGGGCGUAUUGGUCAAACAUCUUCAAAUUCUCGCUGUUUCGAUCUCCGACUUUUGUCCUGAUUUGCAUGUCAAGUUUCUUCCAAUCUAUCGGAUGGUUCGUACCUUUCGUCUACCUGGCAGCUCACGCGGUCGAAACGGGAGUCCCGAAAGAGGAAGCUUCGUUUCUCCUUUCAAUCGUUGGAAUAUGCAGCAUGAUGGGCCGUCUUAUCAACGGAUGGCUUUCCGACCAUCCCAAGGUUAGCGUUCUUCUUCUCAAUAAUGUCGGUCUAACCACGUCCGGCUUGCUGAUUAUCCUUUGUCCAUUUUUCAUCUCCUACGAACUCCUCGUCUUUUAUUCCGUUAUACUCGGACUAGCCUUAUCAUGCACCGCCGUUACGCGACCCAUUUUACUUGGGGAAUUGCUCGGCUUGGAAAAUGUCAACAACGCUUACGGCUUCAUGCUUGUGUUUUACGGAGUUGCGACGCUGUUUGGAACACCCAUGGCUGGUUUACUUUACGACACUCUAGGUGAUUAUCAUGGGGCCUUUUACCUUGCCGGAUCUUCCGUCCUUUUGUCUGCUUUUAUGUGCUACCCGCUUGGCAGGAUAAAUCGGUGGGAAAAGAGACGCAACGCCAGAAGCUGAAGAGCCCCCAUUCAUCAGAGUGACUCAUAAUUGCUGCCAAGUAAGGAUUGUUGAUUAUAGUAUAUGCUCGUCAAAUGAAUUUCGCCUUCUCAUUCGAUGAUUCCUCUUGCACGGCUAAGACAAAACGUACAUUUUAAAAUCAUUCCAACAUUCUAGGAUUUAAAGUUUAAUUAAUGACGCACAAAAACAAAAAAUUUUCCGCUUUUGAUGAUAAGUUAAUACAUUUUUAGAAUAA